GGCAAGGCAAGAACAAAGUAAGAUAGCUCGACUUUCCCACCUCUUGCCUUCCUUACUUGAUUUGCCUCUCUGCCAACGAACUUGCGGGCUCGGAUAGGACUCAACUACUUCCUCAGAAGCGAAGCAGCGCCUCACAGUAGCGCGAGGACAAAUGGCAUGCCCAAUCGCUUUCUGGGAGGUCCUCUGGACCCAAACACGGGGAAGGUAUACAUGAUCCUCAAUGAACUUGAAAUCCAGCAUAAUCGUAUUGAAUACAACCCCAACGGACGUCUUCCCACAAUCUACCAUCCAAACGCUGACCUCGCUAUCUGGGAGUCUGAGUACUUGCUCGACAAGUAUGAUCUGGACCAUAAACUCAGCUACCCAGCUGGAACGAAUGAGUAUUACUUGACCAAACAAUGGUUGUACUUCCAGAUGUCUGGCCAAGGUUCUUGCUAUGGCCAAGCAUGCGCCAUUGAUCGCUACCUCAAGGACAUCCGCCGCGUCUCAGGCGUUCUCGAUAGCGUUCUCGCAGGACACAAAUACCUUGCCGGCGGCAAGUGCGCUUUUGCCGAUCUUGCGUUUCUCACUUGGCAAACGAGCAUUAUCAAGAUCAUUAAGUAUGAUCAGGCGAAGGACUCCCCGAAUGUGUAGGCAUGGAUUGAUAGAAUGCCGGAGAGGCCGGCAAUCAAGGAUUUCUGGGCGGAGAGGAAUGAGAGAAUGACUACUUUGGGAAGAAGUAGAGAUGUUUGGAGCUGCGAUAGGAAGAAGUGCAAAUGCAGACAUGGGGCUUGAGAUAUCGGUGGAAGACGAGAUACUUCAUUUCAUGUAUUCGUUGAACCAGAAGUCACUCUCAAUGUGUUGAUUCAUACUCGUACCAAUUGUUGCCACCAAACUUACCAAUAAGGAUUUUGAGGGCAGUAGCAGUGCCGUGCGCGAAACUGGC